CAAGACGAAAUCACGAAGCUGACCCUGCCAAAAUUCUCUUUCUUCCUUUCGUUCGAGCUUUGGCUAUUUGGAUGAUCGGUUUCCAAAUUUCAAUUGCAAGUAGAUGAUAGCUUCAUUCUCCUGUUGGUAUCCAGGUUAAGUCUAAUUCAGGAAAUUGAUACAAUGGACCGUUAAGUAUUUGUGAUUUAUGGUGUUUUUCUCUCUUAAACUAUGGAGAACCUUCCUGUUGAAGUGAUUGGUAAUAUACUAUCCCAUCUUGGGUCUGCCCGGGAUGUUGUGAUUGCUUCAGCAACAUGCAAGAAAUGGAGGGAAGCUUGGCGUAGCCACCUCCACACUCUUUCAUUCAAUUCUUGUGAUUGGCCCAUUUAUCAUGAAUUAACCAAUAAUAGGUUAGAAAUACUGAUCACUCAAACAAUUUUCCAAACCAAAGCGCUGCAGUGUUUAAAAAUUUUCAUGGAUGAUGUCCACGAGUUUUCUGCUGCUCCUGUCAUUGCUUGGCUUAUGUAUACCAGGGAUUUCUUGCGCCAGUUACAUUAUAAUGUAAGGACAACCCCGAAUUUCAACAUCAUCGAAAAAUGCGGUAGGCAGAAGCUGGAAGUGUUGGAAUUGGCUCGCAGUUCUAUCGUGGGUGUGGAUCCCUUUUAUCAGAAGUUUCCUUGCUUGAAGUCACUUUCAUUGAGUUUUGUUAGCAUCUCGGCACUGGAUCUGAGCCUUCUACUUUCUGCUUGUCCAAGGCUUGAAACCUUGUCUCUCUUCAGUCCAGAAAUUGCUGUCUCAGAUUCGCAGGCUUCCAUGGAGCUUAGCAGCUCUACUUUGAAAAAUUUCUCUGUUGAGUCAUUUGGUUUAGACAAAUUUGUAUUAGAGGCAGAUUUGCUUGAGAAUUUACAUCUUAAAGACUGUACCUUUGAGGAUUUUGAAUUAAUUGGCAAGGGAACAUUGAAAGUGUUGAAGGUUGAUGACGUGAGUGUCAUCCAUCUUGAUAUUGGCGAGAAUACGGAGAACCUUGAGAUCGUAGAUGUCAGCAACUUCACAAUUAUGUGGCCAAAAUUUUAUCAUAUGAUCUCAAAAGCAUCAAAGUUACAUAGGCUUCGGUUGUGGGGUGUUGUGUUUGAUGAUGAGGAUGAAGUUGUGGACUUAGAGACCAUUUCCGUUUGUUUUCCUCAGUUGAUGCACCUGUCCUUAAGUUAUGAUUUACGAGAUGGUGUACUUAAUUAUGGCUUGCAGGGUUUGUCUACUUUGGCGAAUGUGGUGGUGUUAGAACUUGGAUGGACUUCAAUCAGUGAUCUUUUCUCAGCAUGGGUAGCUGGACAUUUGGAAAGAUGUCCCAAUUUGAAAAAAUUGGUCAUUUAUGGUUUUGUUUCAGAGGUCAAAACACAUGAAGAGUGCCAAAUUUUGGCCAAAUUUACUGAAAUCAUUCUUCAUCUUGGAAGAAAAUAUAUGCAUGUAAAGUUUGAGUUUGAAUAUGAGUAGUGAGUUCUUCCAUACUCAUCCAUGUCUGUCAAAAUCUUUGUUUAAUAUCAUUCAGCAAGAAGGUACUUCUAUACCCAAUGAGUUUCUUCUUUACUUGUUGUUCAUUUUUCUAAAGUUUGAAGCAUAAGAGUGCACCAAUUGUAAAGUGACAGAUUCUUUGUGUAAAAGAGAGAAUUUUGAUUUC